AUUUUGGUCGUUACGCACUCCAAUCAAGCCCUGAACCAACUUUUCGAAAAGAUUAUCGCCUUAGACAUCGACGAGCGACAUCUUCUACGUCUUGGUCACGGCGAAGAAGCUCUAGCCACCACCAAGGAUUUCUCGCGCUACGGCCGGGUGGACUAUAUCCUCUCUAGACGACUGGAGCUGCUUCAAAAGGACGUUCUGCCGCGUUGGGAAGUCUUUACUGCGGGGGCAGCCAAGGCUCUACAACAAGGUGAUGAUAUGGAGCAGAGUGAACGAGAUCUCUUUGUUCAACGUAACUUCCCCUUCACGCCGUUUAUUACUGGCAUGGAAAAUCCUCCCGAGGAUGUUGUGCGACAGAUUUUCCCAGAGUCGAAAAUUGUGGCCAUGACUUGCACCCACGCUGCCCUGAAACGUCGCGAUCUGGUGCAGCUGGGUUUCACCUACGACACCAUCAUUAUGGAAGAGGCUGCCCAAAUUCUGGAAAUUGAGACUUUCAUCCCUCUGCUGUUGCAGAACCCCGAUAUCUCCGGUCGUAACCGACUAAAACGUUGGAUAAUGAUCGGCGAUCACAACCAACUUCCACCUGUUGUAAAAAACCAGGCCUUCAGUAACUUUUCCAACAUGAGCCAAUCCUUGUUUACCCGCCUGGUCAAGUUGGGCGUUCCCACGGUUCAACUUGACGCCCAGGGUCGAACCCGGCCCUCAAUUUCUCAGUUGUACAGCUGGCGGUACGACAGUCUGACUGACAUUCCGCACGUAAUUUCUGCUCAGGAGUACAAGCUGUGUAAUCCAGGUUUCCAGUACGAGUUCCAGUUGGUCAACGUUGCUGACUACAAAGGAAUUGGCGAGUCCGAGCCCAGCCCCUACUUCUACCAAAAUCUGGCUGAGGCUGAGUACGUUGUCGCAACUUACAUGUAUAUGCGCAUUCUGGGCUACCCAGCAGAGCGAAUUUCCAUUUUGACAACUUAUAAUGGCCAGAAGCACCUCAUCCGAGAUGUAAUUGAAGCUCGCUGUGCUUCGAAUCCUCUACUAGGAAAGCCGCAAUGUGUCACCACUGUGGAUCGCUUUCAGGGUCAACAAAAUGACUACGUCCUGGUCUCACUCGUGCGCACUCUUGCUGUUGGCCAUCUUCGCGACGUUCGACGUCUGGUUGUCGCUCUGUCUCGUGCUCGUCUUGGAAUGUACAUCUUUGCUCGCGUGGAGCAGUUUGCCACCUGUCAGGAACUGCGUCCUGCCUUUGAUCGCCUUCUAGGCAGACGUGGCUCCGCGGCUCCACGACCAACAGCCCUUCAUCUUACGCCCUGGGAAAACUGGCAGGAUCCCCGUGCACCAUCCUCUCAGACACUUCGUCCUGUACAUCAGCUUCCCGAUAAACCGGCCUAUGUGCCGGCGGACAUGCCUGAGAUGGCCAACUACGUGAGCAAGAUGUACGAAGAACGGGUCAAAACCCUCAUCAGUCUGUAUACUGCACGCAAUCAGAAGGCUAAAGCUCGGAUUCCCGCCUCGAUCUCAAAUGCACCUGUUGAACCCAAGGCGGUGGAGAAGCUGGCUGACGAGAAAGAGGAGGAGGUGGCGGAAGAGGCAGACCAGGCGACCCCCACUGAAGAGGUCACCGUUUCACCCUCACCACUGCCGCCGUCACCCGGAACCUCAAAGGAUGCUGAUCUGGUGGAAGCCUCGGAGCCGGCGCAGGAGAGCAUGGACGCUACUGACGAUGUUGAUGACUCACCAGCCCCCACAGAUAGCACCGAAUGA